AUGCCUAUUAAUCAACCAUCAAAUCAGAUCAAGUUCACAAAUGUCUCCAUCGUACGGUUGAAAAAAGGAAAAAAGCGCUUCGAACUAGCAUGCUAUAAGAACAAGCUUCUAGAAUACCGUUCCGGGGUCGAGAAGGAUCUAGACAAUGUCCUCCAAAUCCAUACCGUCUUCCUAUCCGUGAACAAAGCCCAGACUGCUCCCUCAGCAGAAUUAGCCAAAGCGUUUGGCGCCGGUGUCUCCCAAGAUGAGAUUAUUCAGGAGAUUUUACGCAAGGGAGAGGUUCAAGUAGGAGAACGCGAGCGCAAAGAUAUACUGGAACGGGUGCAGAAGGAAGUUGUGGAUAUUGUGUCCGGACGAUUGGUCGACCCUACGACUAAACGAGUAUAUACCCCGACUAUGAUUGAGAAAGCUCUGGAUCAGUUGAGUGCGGCAAGUGGACACCAACAACAGCAACAGAAUGGAGAAGAGACGCCAGAACACGGUGCGACAACUGGAGAGCAACGGAAGCCGUUGUGGAAAGGCGUAUCAGCGACCAAGUCAGCAAAGAGUCAAGCACUCGAGGCUAUGAAAGCUCUCAUUGCUUGGCAGCCCAUUCCUGUGAUGCGAGCCCGCAUGCGUUUACGAGUAACCUGUCCUGUAUCAUUAUUGAAACAGUCCGUCAAAGGUGCCUCGUCAGGUGCACCCAAGGAAGAAUCUAAGCCAUCCAAAGGCAACAAUAAAAAGGGUCAAAAGGGCAAAGGCAAGAAACAUCAAGAUUCGGAAGACGAAGAUGAAACCGAAGACCAGGAAGCCUCUCCAAAGGCACCUUCUAAUGUGAAGGAGAAGAUUCUGAGCUUUAUUGAGUCUGUUGAGUCGCAAGAGAUUGUGGGCGAAGAAUGGGAAACCGUAGGCUUUGCCGAGCCUGGGGCUUUCAAAGGAUUGAGUGAGUUUGUGACUAGUGAGACGCGUGGUCGUGGAAGGGUGGAGGUCCUCGACAUGGCUGUGACGCAUGAAGACUAG